AUGUUCAAGAACAUGAGAUCUGACACACCGAUGUGUAGCCCGACCUUGUUUUGGGGUUUGAUGCUGUCUGUCUCCAGUUUGUGCAUAUGGUCCACAUAUGGAGAGAUCUGUGGUCCGAGUAUCGACAUCCGAAAUGAGAUCAGCGAGUUAAGGAGGUUGGAGAACUGCACGGUGGUGGAGGGCUACCUGCAGAUCCUCCUCAUCAACGACAAGACCAACAACAUCCACCAAGAGGUCUUCCACUCUCUCAGCUUCCCCAAGCUGACGGUCAUCACCGACUACCUGCUGCUGUUUCGCGUCUCUGGCCUUACCAGCCUGAGCACACUCUUCCCCAACCUUAGUGUCAUCCGUGGCCGCAAUCUCUUCUACGACUAUGCCCUGGUGAUCUAUGAGAUGACCAGCCUGAAGGACAUUGGGCUUUACAACCUGAGGAACAUCACCCGGGGAGCCGUUCGGAUAGAGAAGAACCCUGAGCUCUGCUACGUGGACUCGGUGGACUGGUCUCUUAUCAUGGACGUUCAGGCUAACAACGUUAUCAAUGGGAAUAAGGAGGCUAAAGAGUGUGACAACGUCUGCCCUGGUAUCAUGGAGGAUAACCCUCUGUGUCGAAGAACGGACUUUAAAAACAACUACGACUACCGCUGCUGGACAUCCAACCAGUGUCAGAAAGUAUGCCCAAAACACUGCAAGUAUGCCUGCACAGACAAGGGGGAGUGUUGCCACAGUCAGUGCCUGGGCAGCUGUACCGAACCUGACAAUGACAUGGCCUGCGCUGUCUGCCUCCACUACCACCACGAGGGACGCUGCGUGCAGAAAUGUCCCCCAGAUACGUACAUAUUUGAGGGCUGGCGCUGCAUCACCAUGGACCUGUGCGCUCAAGUACACCUGCCCGGAGACACUCACUUUGUCAUCCACGGGGGAGAAUGUAUGCUUGACUGCCCCUCAGGCUUCACACGCAAUGAGUCUAAUCGUAUGUUAUGUACCGCCUGCAAUGGUCUGUGCGAUAAGAUCUGCCCGUCUGCUGUGAUCGACUCUGUGGAUGCUGCUCAGUCUCUGAAGGACUGCACCGUCAUUGAUGGCAAUCUGGAUAUCAACAUUCGGCGCGGAAAUAACAUAGCGUCUGAGCUGGAGAGCUUCAUGGGAUUGAUUCAGACAGUGACGGGCUAUGUGAGGAUUCGACACUCCCACACACUUGGCUCUCUGUCCUUCCUCAAGAGUCUGCGUUACAUCAAUGGGCAGGAGCUCUUGGACAAGCUGUACGCUUUUUCUGCCUUUGACAACCAGCACCUGCAGUACCUGUGGGACUGGAGUCAACACAACUUGACUAUUCGGACCGGGCGUCUCUUCUUCCGUAUGAACCCAAAACUCUGCAUGUCUGAGAUCCACAAGAUGUGGGAAAAAACGGGAAUAACUGUGAAGCCAGAACGGGGUGAUUUCCGUAACAACGGUGAAAGAGCCAGCUGUGAGAGCCACAUCUUGAAGUUUAAAUCCAACUACACCUCAAGCAGCUGGAUUAGACUGUCAUGGGAGCGCUACCAGCCACAAGACUAUGCAGACCUUGUCAGCUUCAUAGUCUACUAUAAAGAGGCUCCUUUCCAGAACAUCACUGAAUUUGACGGCCAGGAUGGUUGUGGCUCAAACAGCUGGCACAUGGUGGAUGUCGAUCUUCCUCAGGAUCCAAAUACUGACCCAAAAAUCACUCUUCAUCAUCUCAAACCCUGGACACAGUAUGCGAUUUUUGUGAAGGCCAUCACCCUGCAGGUGGAGGACAAACACGUUACCGGGGCGAAGAGUGAUAUUGUUUACAUCCGCACACGACCUUCCUUGCCAUCUAUGCCUAAAGACACCCGUGCCUACGCCAACUCCUCAACCAAACUAGUGGUAAAGUGGUCACCUCCAGCCUUUCCCAACGGAAACCUGACCUACUACCUGAUCCGCUGGCAGCAGCAGCCGGAGGACAGGGAGCUCUACCAACAUAACUACUGCUCCAAAGAGCUCAAGAUCCCCAUUCGGAUCCCAGCGACAGAGUUCACCGACAUGGAUGAGAACACCAGGCCCACCAAGUCAGAUCUGGCGGGAACAGAGAACGGCCCGUGCUGUGGUUGCCCAAAGACACAGGAGGAGAAGGACCGCGAGAGUGAUGAACGCUUCUAUUUAAAAGUUUUUGAGAACUUCCUUCACAAUGCCAUCUUCCUGCCGAGACCACCAGACCGCCGACGCAGAGAUAUUUUUGGUGUGGCUAACAACACUCUGAACGAUGGUAGAGGAAACACCACUUUUGCCCAUGGGGAUAACAGUACAGAAGGCAUCCCCCCUAUCAGGGAGUACCCCUUCUUGGAGGACAAGAGCACAACAGAGUAUUCAGAGAUCUCUAAUCUACGGCCUUUUACUGUCUACCGUAUUGAUAUCCAUGCCUGCAACGAGGAGGUGAGGCAUUGCAGCGCUGCAGACUUUGUGUUCUCCAGGACCAAACCUGCAGACAAAGCAGAUGACAUCCCUGGAAAGGUGGUCUAUGAGAUUGUUGAUAAGGCUGUGGGGUGUGUGAUGCUGCGCUGGCCUGAGCCUGUCAUGCCCAAUGGACUCAUCCUGAUGUAUGAGAUCAAGUUCCGUCUGGGCCCCGAGCCUGAGAAACAUGAGUGUGUGUCUCAGCAACAUUUCCGUGAGCACAGAGGAGCUCGGUUAACCAACCUGGGCUCGGGGAAUUACUCUGCUCGUGUACGCGCCACCUCUCUAGCGGGAAAUGGCUCCUGGACGGAAAGCAUAUACUUCUAUGUGCCUCCGCCUCAACGAAACAAUAUAGAUAAGCUGUACUUGGUCAUCAUAAUUCCCAUCAUAGUGACAUUCCUCAUUGCCAGUCUCAUCACGAUUCUCUUCUUUGUUAACAAAAAGAGAAAUAGUGACAGACUUGGAAAUGGAGUCCUUUAUGCUUCUGUCAACCCAGAAUACUUCAGUGCUGCAGAGAUGUACGUCCCGGAUGAGUGGGAGGUAGCCAGGGAGAAGAUCACUAUGCACAGGGAGCUGGGCCAGGGCUCCUUUGGCAUGGUGUACGAAGGCAUCGCCAAGGGAGUGGUCAAGGAUGAACCUGAGACACGAGUGGCCAUCAAGACGGUGAAUGAGUCUGCGAGCAUGAGGGAGCGAAUCGAGUUUUUGAAUGAAGCUUCUGUCAUGAAGGAGUUCAACUGUCACCAUGUGGUGCGGCUGCUGGGCGUGGUCUCUCAGGGGCAGCCAACCUUGGUGAUUAUGGAGCUGAUGACCCGUGGAGAUCUCAAGAGCCACCUGCGCUCUCUUCGUAAAGAAAACUCCACCAGCCAGGUCCUGCCACCGCUCAAAAAGAUGAUUCAAAUGGCCGGGGAGAUCGCCGACGGCAUGGCGUACCUAAAUGCCAACAAAUUUGUCCACAGAGAUCUGGCUGCCAGGAACUGCAUGGUAGCUGAGGACUUCACUGUGAAGAUUGGAGAUUUUGGCAUGACCAGAGAUAUUUAUGAGACGGAUUACUACAGAAAAGGAGGGAAGGGCUUGCUGCCUGUCCGCUGGAUGUCUCCUGAGUCGCUGAAAGAUGGCGUGUUCACUACAAUGUCUGAUGUCUGGUCAUUUGGUGUUGUGCUGUGGGAGAUCGCCACCUUAGCAGAGCAGCCGUACCAAGGCAUGUCCAAUGAACAAGUGCUUCGAUUUGUCAUGGAAGGAGGACUCUUGGACAAACCUGACAACUGCCCUGACAUGCUGUUCGAGCUGAUGAGGAUGUGCUGGCAGUAUAACCCCAAGAUGCGUCCGUCUUUCCUGGAGAUCAUCAGCAGCAUCAAAGAAGAACUGGAUCCUCCCUUCAGAGAAAUGAGCUUCUUCUACAGCGAGGAGAACAAGCCGCCGGACACCGAGGAGCUGGAUAUGGAGGUAGAAAACAUGGAGAACAUUCCACUGGACCCUGCAUCCACCAGGCAGCCCUCUACUGCCACCGGACCCUCGUCAGGAUGUACGGGAGGGACACCGCCUUCGUCUGCACAGCAGUUAUCGCCCAUGCAAGGGCCUAGUACUCCCUUACUGGGAUCUGUGUCUCCCUCCUCCCCGGGCCCGGUUGCCUCAGCCUUGGCGUCGCCGAGCCAAGAAUUGGACAAGCACUCAGGACACGUUUCGGCCAACGGGCCUGUGGUGGUGCUGCGGCCCAAUUUUGACGAGAUGCAACCCUAUGCACACAUGAACGGGGGCAGAAAGAACGAACGGGCGUUACCACUGCCCCAGUCGUCGGCCUGCUGAUAUCAGCCCCCCCUGUGGCCAGACCAGCCCCUCUUCCUCCUCCUUUUACACAGGGUAACAUGAACCUCUCCUCUAUCUCUUAAGGAGGGAUGGACGAGGUAAGAAAUGACAUUCUUCUACUGUGUGCCAGUAGACGGUCUCUCCACUUCUUCAAGGUCAAAUAUAAACUGUAUAAACUGAAAAAUAGCACAGAAACCUGCUAAAGCAUGUGGAGUUUGGUGGUUCAGACUCAACACUGGGGAACUCCUUCCUGUGCAGCCUGUAUUGUAGUCUUUGUUACAUAAGUCCUUCAAGAAGGAAAACUCUACAGGCAUUUACCCCAAUAAACAGAUUACGGAAGGCAUGAACUUGAGAAAAUAAUUUUUUUAGCAUAUCUGCCAGCAAAUCCAACAGAAGAGCACUUUUUCCUGAUGAUUUCAGAGAGGAUGUUGUGGAUAUCUGAGUGUGUAUUUAUACAAACACAUGAUUCUCUCUAUAAUAUGGUAUAACUCCAUUUCUCAAAUGACUUUCCAUCAAAAGGACUUUUCUUUCUAUGAGCGGACGGGCUCAUGUCAUGUAAGGAUGCCUCGGUUUGAAAGUUUCAAUGUUUAUUUCCUGUUGGUAUUUCUGUGGAUGUAGAUCCCAUCAGGAGUGGGUCAAAAUGGAAGAGGAGGGCCUAUUGUGUAUCUGCCAAAACUAUUGCCAAAUCAAGCUUUUUCCUAAAUUUUGUACAGGUCUCCCUUCUUCUUUUUUUUUUAAGGCUGUGAUUCAGAGUUGGCAUGAGUCUAAUAUUUGUACUUUUGCUUUUUUUUUUUUUAGUACCAACUGCUCCUUUAGCAGCUGUGUGUAUACAGUAUUAACUGAGAUGUCCUGCAUUCACACCUGCAGUCAAGGUUUUCUCAGAAUAUGCAGCAUCUGCAAUGAGGGUGGAAUAAAUCUAACCAUGUGAUACUUAGAUGAGAAACACUACAUUUCUAUUUAAGCGAAUUGCACAUAUUUUAAAGUAGCCUGGAAAAAAAUGUAAGUUAAAGUACUUGUGUUUUAGUCAAUUGAGCUCUAACAGGAAGUCCAUAUAAAGACAGAUUGAAAUAACUUCAUAGUUGCUUUAAGUUCCUGAUGAAAGUUGCUGUAAUUAUUAAUCCAAGUGUACAAAAGUGGUACAUGACAUGACUUUUAAAAAGCCAGUAUUCUGUUGCUGGUGACAGACAGGCUUAUCAAAACCUGCUUUUAUACCACCCACAUUUAUUAAAAUUGGAGCAUAAGUGAAUUUCCUUCGCCUGCGGGGAAGUAUACAUGCGACUUAAGUCAGUCAACUCUAAAUCACAGCCUCAGUCUGUCUUUGGUUUAGAAAAAUCUUAAAACACAAACGCGCCAUAGAUCUCUCCCACUGCAAAUCACUCAACUUCACAAUUGAGGGAUACAUCUCUGCCUCCACUUCCAUUUGAUUUAAACCUUAUCUGUCAUUUUUUUAUGUGUGCAUUUCAUGUGGGAGGUGAACAUCAUUAACUGCUUUUCAAAAAUACACAGACACCAAAUACACCACAACAAACAGAGACUAAGACCUGAGACAAAAAAAAAGACUGAAAAAAAAAAAAGAGGUGGUGGAUCAGUAAAGAUUUUAGUAGCCUAGAGAUAACUUUUUCACCACAGCCGAUCUCUCAAAUAGUCAUUCGUUUCUCUACAUUUCAAACGCAUAUAAAGGUCUUACAGUUGUAUUUGAGACUGCAGGAUCGUUUUUAUACACAUCAUCGGUUUGUCACUUUUUUAACCUUUUUACGGUUCAAAAUGUUUGCCUCUAUGUCUGUACAGAACAAAGCUGCUAUUUUAUUCUUUUCCUCUUUUGGAUGUUAUAUAUAAAGAAAUUCUUCAGGUUUGGUAUUUUAUAGUCUCCACUACAGUCCAUUUCUUAUAUCUUCAAACUCUGUUUUAAAAAAAAUAAUAAUAAAAAAACCAACAAAAAAUAAGAUGAUUUAGAUAUAAAAGCAUUUGUUUUCUGUUACCCCAAAAGGUUUUCUGUAACACUACAUUUUGUUCAUUGCCUUUUAUUUUUAUUAUGAAAUGUUUCCUUCUGUAUUUGUUUUGUGGAUGUCUAUAUUAUUAUUAUUAUUAUUAAUAUUAUUAUUAAUAUUAUUAUUAUUUGGAAUGGACACCUUAGCUCGACGUGUGAGUGUGUACUUUCUGCACCCUUUUUGUACUUGUCUAGCACUGCGCCUAGCGUUGCCCUCUAGGUGCGACUCGAUCUCAGGUCAAAGUAAAGGCUUUGCUUUCUCCACACAUUCUCAUGAUCGUCCUCUACUUGUCUCACCUAGUACCCCUAUCCCCUCUUCCUCAUCAUCCUCUUCCUCCUCCCCCUCUUCAUCAUGCUUUGUUGAGUCCAAUAGUGUCCUCUCUCCUUCCCUCUGGCCCCUCACUGACCUCUACGACAUAUUGUACCGGUUUCCCCUAGUGCCUCCUUUUGAAGUCAGGAUUAGUUCCAGUACACAAGAUAUUUACUUCAUACCAGAUCUGGUAUUUUAACCCAUCCAUUUCCUGCCUCCUAUAAGAUCAAUAGGGCUAUUUGGGUUGUCUUGUUUGCCUUAAUUAUGCCAACCAUCUCAAGCAUUUGAAAGCUGUAUGUUUUUUUUCUCUCUCUCUUUUUUUUUUUUUUUUUAAAUCAACACUUAAGCGUGAUACUACACCACUUCUGCUAAUGCUGACAUGUUCCUUCUUCUAAGUGAAACUGGUCUUAUUAUUUGUCUUCAUAAUCACUGCUUCUGAAAACCAAAUAAAGGAUGGGUUAAAGUCCAGGGAAGGGAACACAUUUCAAUGUCAUGUAUGGAAAAGGUCUUAAAUAGAGGCUGAAAAGUGUUUUGAAGGAUUUCUCCUCAUUUUUUUGGAAAUGUUGCUUGGUGAUUAUUAUUAUUAAUAUUAUUAUUAUUUCCUUUCUUUGAAGUUUUUUUUUCUGUAGGAGUGUUAUUUAUUUAUUUUUUUAUUUUCCUUUUGUGAUAUCAGUUUAAAUCACUGUACAAAUACCCCAUGAUUCAGUAUAAAGUUGGAUUUUUUUGUAUGUAUUUUCUUUGGUGUCAUGACUGGGGGACUUACAACUUUUUUUUUCUUCUUUCACAUAUAUAUCUACCUCACUCUUUUUAAAGUUUAUGUAUGCGUAUGGAAAACAAAUACAUCUCACUCCUUCUCAUCAGUUUUUACCGAAACCUCAUCUGGAUAAAACCACAGGGAUGUAGAUAAACCUCACAAAGUGGACUAGGGCCGGAGAUGGAAUCUCUGUGUGGAGGUUUACGUGUAAGUUCAGCCCACCAAUUCCUGGCAAAAAAAAAAAAGUACAUUUAUAAGCCUCUGAAUACAAAGGAGAACGUGUAUAGAGCGCAUGGGUAUGCUGUGAAAUGAUAAUAGCGGCAUUCAGUACUGUGUGCUUUUGUUCUGCAGAAUUAGUUGCAAUCUUCGUUGGUUGAUUAUACGGGAAAACAUGAAGAUAAUUUUAUCAUCAUGCAUUUAUUUUCACUAGUUGCAAUGUUUUUUUGCAGGUACAGUAUAGAAAAAUAUCUGAAAAAAAAAAAAAAAACCCAAAAACUUUGGGCACAACAUCGACAGACAUUCCAUCUCCACUGACUCCAAAUAUAUUGUCACAACUCAACUCCUCAGACACAGACAUUCAUUUUCUAAUCUUAAAACACAUUUAUAUAGAAACUAAACACUUAUCAUGGGAAAUAUAAAAAGGGAAAAAUGAAUUUAUUGACCUCCAAUAACUACUUUAGGUUUGUUUGUUGCAACUCACACAAAUCACUUGCUGUUUACCUGCCAGGUAUAAUACAGCAAGGUACAUAUUUCAGCAACGUUAUUUAUUCCAAACAGAAUUUGGUUAUGUAUGGAUCAGUUCUGUGAAUGUGAUUUUUGUAUGUUCUAAACUAAAUAUCAAAGUGAUGACAAAUCCACCUCCUAUAUGUUUCUUCAUGUAUUUGUUUAGCUUAUGUUGGACUCAAAGCAGCCAAAAAAACUUUCCUUUCCAGUUACCAAAAUGACUUAAAUUCAUCUGUUUUACCCCCUAAAAAUGGUUGUUGUUGAGUGAACACAAUCAUUUCUCCCAUCUGCCUCCACUGACUGAAUGCUAUGACAUUUUAGCUCAUUUCACUACCAUCAGGGUAAAUCUGUGACCAUUCUCUGGUAUUUUGAUCAACUGAAAGUAAACGUUACACACCUUUUCCAGCCUAUUGUACUGCUAUUAACAAUAUUGCUGCUGGUUUGGAAAAAAAAAAAAGUCAUCUCAGUGGAUCUUGAAUAUUAUCAGCAACAAUGUUGAUUUCAAAGCUUCCCAUAAAAUCUCUUUUCUGCUUUUUACUGGCGGUGGCAACAUGGUGAACACUAUGUCAGUGUAAGGGCUUCUGAGCUGGAGGCGUAAAAUUGGAAAGAAAAAAAUUGGUAAAUAAUUUGAAAUGUUGAAAUUAAUACCCCAAAAGCAAUAACAAAUGCAAACAGGCCAUGUUGUAACUUGUAAUCUGAAAUGUGGAUGGUUUGUUUCAGGUGCUCUUGUUAAUUUGACUUAAGCAAAUCAAAAAGUAAACAUCUUGAUCGCUGCUGAAUAUCACAUCGCUACACAAAUCACCACUGACUAGUAGUCAUUUCACAUAUCUGUGCAUUUCUUUUUUCAGUUUAAUGUAUGUUAUGAUAAAUAUAAAAACACUAUAUAUUUCAGCUCUUUCUGGAGUAGACACUACAUUGACCUGUUGUGAGGCGCAUUACUGUUGAAUUUCUAGUUGCAUUAGAUUACAAAUCGACAGCAUUUAAAUAAACACAUGGACAUAUACUGUAUAGGACAGGGACGUCGAGUAGAUUACGGGUAGCAUUUAUUAAACAGUAAACAGCCAGGCUAGAGAAUGAUGAUAGGCCUACGUUUACAGCUUCACACUAGUUGCUUUUUUUGCAUUUACCAGAUUUCCAGCAGUAACUAAUUUAAGAAAAAAGACAAUUCAUCUUAUUCAUCUUUAGCAUUUUAAUUCUCCAAAAUGUUCUUCGUGCAAACCUCAGGUUUAUGGAGGAUGCGUCAGUGCAUUCAAACUGCAAUAAUAAGUUUGAGGUUUAUCAUUUUCAUGCCGUUGUUAUGAUUUGCAUUCCUAUAACUUCAGCGGGGGCCUUGGUCUAUUAUUAUUAUUUUAUUAACUUUUAGCAAAAUCUCUGUGUUCAUUCGGUGAUUGAAGAAAUAAUCCAAACCUUCACUAGAAUCUGUCUUCUUUCAAGCUCUGUAUCUGAGGCCUCGAGUUUUUCACACCUAUAGCUGAGAUGGUGUAUUUUUGACUCACCGUCUCUAAAUGUGUAUCUGAGAAUUUCUUGUAUUUUCUUUUUUUCUGAAAUUUUGAAUAAAUAAAUGAAUGAGA